CCUCUUUCGCUACACACACAACGCUGUGUUCUCUCUCUCUCUCUCUCUCUCUCCAACUUCUCUCUCUUCUCUGUGUAAGUGUGUGGGUGGGCACGGUAAGAUGCAGGCCAUUACGAGGCGCUUAGGGCAUCAAUCUUCAACAGCUUCAAUCUCUUCCUUCAAGUCUCUCUACGCACUCUCCGAUCACCAUUAUGGAGUGAACAAUGAGCGUUACGUUUCUACCCUCGCAACCAAGGGCGUGGGUCACCUUGUCCGCAAGGGCACUGGUGGAAGAUCAUCUGUCAGUGGCAUUAUUGCUACAGUCUUUGGAGCAACUGGGUUCCUAGGCCGAUAUGUUGUUCAACAACUAGCUAAAAUGGGAUCUCAAGUCCUGGUUCCUUUCCGAGGCUCUGAAGAUUGUCACCGUCAUCUCAAACUGAUGGGGGAUUUAGGACAGAUUGUACCCAUGAAGUACAACCCAAGAGAUGAAAGUUCAAUAAAAGCCGUGAUGGCAAAGGCCAAUGUUGUUAUCAAUCUUAUUGGAAGGGAUCAUGAGACUAGAAACUACGGUUUUGAGGAAGUACACCAUCACAUGGCUGAGAAACUUGCAAUGAUUUCCAAGGAACAUGGUGGUAUCAUGAGAUUUAUUCAAGUUUCAUGCUUAGGGGCUUCUCCUUCAUCCCCAUCCAAGAUGCUUAGAGCUAAAGCAGCUGCUGAGGAAGCAGUUUUAAGGGAGUUGCCGGAGGCUACAAUAUUGAGACCUGCUGUUAUGGUUGGUACAGAGGAUCGAAUUUUAAAUCGAUGGGCUCAUUUUGCAAAAAAUUAUGGCUUUCUUCCAUUGAUUGGGGAUGGCAGCACCAAAAUCCAGCCCGUGUAUGUUGUUGACGUUGCGGGUGCAUUAACAACAGCCUUGAAGGAUGAUGGCACUAGCAUGGGAAAGAUUUAUGAACUAGGUGGUCCAGAAAUUUUUACUAUACAUGAAUUGGCAGAGCUUAUGUAUGACACAAUCCGAGAAUGGCCAAGAUAUGUUAAGGUGCCUUUUCCCAUUGCCAAGGCAUUAGCAACCCCACGGGAAGCUCUUCUAAACAAGGUUCCUUUUCCGCUGCCCACUCCUAACAUGUUCAAUUUGGAUGAGAUCAAUGCUUUGACUAACGAUACUGUUGUUUCAGAGAAUGCUUUGACUUUCAACGAUCUUGGGAUUGUUCCUCACAAGCUGAAGGGAUACCCUAUUGAGUUCCUUAUUUCAUAUAGGAAAGGUGGCCCACAAUUUGGAUCUACAAUCAGUGAAAAGGUGUCACCGGAAGACUACCCUUAAGAUUAUUUUUGUUUGAUCUUGAAUCAUUUUCCAUGUACUACCAAACAUUUCAUUUCAUAAGUUGAAAGAGUUUUUGAGAAAGCUCAACUUUUGUAUCUUUCUAUCAAAAUGUAGAAUAUGCGCCAUCGUGUUUGAUAAUGAUAAUAAAAUCGAGAUACUAAUUGAUUUCA